ACAAAAACACACACACUCUACAAACAUACAAUAAAAUAAAUUUUUGUUAUCUGUGCGAAAUGUUUGCAUUUUUUGUUAAUUUAAUCAUAUAUUCUUCAUCUAAUACAAGAUAUAAACUAGUUGUACAUACUUUUUAUUAACUGAGUGACUAAUUUCUAUAAAAAAAUUAUAAAUAUUAAGAGCUUUCUCAAUAUUUAUGGAAUUAAAAACUCCUGUAGCUAAAAAAACCCCUGCAAAGUGUUGGAAAACAAAUUAUACGGGCAGCCACAGAUAAUAAUUUAAUAAAUUAUAAAAAAAGUAAUACCAAACAAACGUAAAAUGAAUUACAAAAAAGCUGUAUUACAACAUGAAAGUAAUAGCUUAACACAAACAAUUGAAUUACCAACAAAUACGACGGUCGCAGCAGAAGCAGCAACAACUUCAGCAACCGUGAUGACAAAUGCAACAACAAGCACAUCGACAACGUCUUCAACCAAAGAAAAAGAAAAGAAAGGAGGUUGGUUUCAUUCAUUAACCCGUCGUAAAAAGACUCCAUCACAAUCAUCCAUAAAUUAUACAAAUUCCUCGACUCCAACAUCUAGAGAAUCCAAUGAUAUGGUGAUAAUGCCAACAAAUCCUACAAACAGUUAUUUACAACACACUAAUAACAAUAAUGAACCCUUAAUGAGAUCCUGUAAUGCUGGCUCCACGGCCAAUGACGAAUUAACAUCAGCUGAUGUACCCAGCUGUAGUAGCAUUAGUGCUGGCGGCGGCGCACGCAAACGUAAAGAUGAAAAGAACGUAUUUCAACGUUUGCGCAAGCGUAUGGGUUUACGUUUUUCCUCCCUCAGGCGUCACAAACAUUCAUCGCUAGAUGGAGAAGGUGCGACCACUGAUGCUACAUACGAGUUUCUUACACACUCACCGCUACACGAACCGUUGCAUUUCAAUUUUAAACGGAGCUCGAGCAGUAACUGCGCCACUGCUGGUCUUUCCACCGAUGACAAUGAUAUGAUACCGUUUACAAAUGAUUUUAAACGUUUCAUACGAAAAAAAUGGCUGGAACGAGAAGACGGUCCAAAUUUGAUAAUGUACGAAGCGAGUUCGGAAAUGUUGAACCAAGUCUGGUAUUGGGGUGAAAUCUCCCGACGUGAUGCGCAAAAACAAUUAACGGACAAACCAACCGGUUCAUUUUUAGUACGCGACUCCGAGACGAGCGGCUGUCAAUUUACUCUAUCGUUUCGCAUUAUCAACGUUACCCUGCACUAUCGUCUCGAAUAUCGCAAUGACUAUUGGCAUUUCGAAGAGUUACAAUAUGAGUCGAUUGUUGAAAUGAUUGAGGAUAUUUUAUAUCGUUGUACAAAUGAUAAUUUUGUUUGUUUCGUUAAGGUACCAAAUGAAAUGCAACCACCGUUUCCAGUUAUACUAAAAUAUCCACUUAGUCGAUAUCUAAAUAUGCCAAAAUUACAGGAUUUAUGUCGUCGUGCUAUACAGCGUUCAACGAAACCGGAGGAUAUAGCAAAGAUGUCUAUACCGCCUGGUCUACAAGAGUAUUUAGCUGAAAGCAGAGAACUUGUAUUUUAAACGCACGCACAUACAUAUGAUAUGUAUUUGUAAUUUAAGUGAAAUAUGCAGGAAAAGAAAGAGAAAAAGUAUGUAUAUGUAUUAUUUUUUAUUAGUUAUUUUAGUUUAAUGUUUUUGAUUGUUUUUUUUAUAUAUAUAACCAAAGAUUAUAUAAAUUUUAAUAUUUUUAUUUUUCCCAUGCUAUGUUAGGUGAGUGGUAAACUAGUAAUCCUAACAUUCAAAGUUUUAUUAAAUCUAGAUUUAAUAUUCGCAGAGAAUAAUUUUUUAGCAGAUUUAUUAAUUGCUGUUUAAAUGGAGUCACAAACAAUUAUUCAUGAAAACACACACUGCCAGUUUCUUUAUAUAAAAUGAAAAAUAAUAUGAUAAUAUUUCUCUAAUAAUAAUUUCAAAUCCAUUUUCUCAAUCUAAGGUUAACAUUAAACCGGCAAAAUAUAUUUUGCGAACGGUUUUCAAAGAGAAAAUUUUUUAAAUAACGUUUUACCACUCAUUUUCAAUAUGGCACCAAGAAAAAGUUUUUAUUUUUAUUUUAUUGUAAAACAAUUUAAAAUUGUUUAUUAAUUCAUCUAUGAUAUUUUUUAUAAAUAAUCAAUACAUCACUUAUUUAGAAGAUAUUUAUGCAUAUACAUUUAAAUAUUAAUAAAAUAUAUAUUUAAUAUUAAAAUUUUAACUAUUAUUAACUAUUCUGGUCCUAAUUAAGCAUUGCUUAUUUUUAUCUCAUUGUCUUCCUUAAGAAAGAAAAAACUAACAAAAAACAAACACAUAAAAAAUUAGUAAAAAGAAUAUUAUUAUUUAAGAGAUAAAAUUAAAACUAAAAUAAAAUGUCACAAAUAUUUAACAUACAAAUUACCGAAAUAUGUCACUGUCCGAGCCAAAGCCAAAUGCAAUUUUGAAAUAUUUGAAGUGAAAUGAAUAAAUAGUAAAUUUCUCAAAUACAAAAAAGCCGUAUUUAAAAAAAUGCAACAACAAACUUGUAAUUACAACUUCAGAUAUUUUUAAAAAUAUAUACUUUCAAAUUGUCUACAGUAUACAUCUAGUUAUUACUAACUAUAAUUCUAUUUUACUGGGCAUUUAAAUUUCGGCCCCUUUUUCACAAACAACAUUUUUAUUUUAUAAACGGUUUAUAAAUUAGAUUUUGUAUGAAAAUUUUGUUUUAUAAACCGUUUAUAAAAUAAAAAUGUUGUUUCUGAAUAUAUCUGAAAAGCACAAAUAAAUUUAAGAAAUUAUGAUUGUUUCAAAUUUAAACAUUUGCUGUUAUAUCUCAAUAUAUGUUUAUAAAUCAUCUCACAAAACUAUAUUUGUUAUGCACAAUUAUUUCCUUUAAGUUUUUCUUUUUAUAUCCUAAUAAAAUAACCAAAAAAUAUAAAUAAAUUUAUAUUACAAAAUCUAAUUAUACAUUAAUUACCUUUAUAUAAUACGGAAAUAAUAUUAAACAAAUAUAUUAAAAAAAGAGUAUUAAUUAUAAGUAUUUCAAUGUUAGUUUGUAGAAUGUAUUCCAAAAGCAAUUUUAUUAAAAUACAAAUAACUAUAAAUAACGACUAAAUUUUAAGUGGAAAAAAAUCUAUGCUGUUAUAAUUUUUUUACACAAAAUUUUAUAUACUAUUUUAAUUGAAGUUUUUCUAUUUUUUUAAAAUACUCUAAUAUCACUACUAUUAAUAAUGUAAUAAACUAUUGAAGUAAAUAGUUCAUAUGUCUCAAACUUUUUAUAUAUUUUUUACUGGUCAGAAAUAUAUUUUUAACUUUUGAAUUGUCAUUAAUUAUUUUGUAGUAUUUAAAUUGUUUAAUUUUUACUAGUUUACACUCAUUAUUAUAAAAAUUAUAGGUUUUUGUAACAUUUAGUAAUUUCUCCUAAUAUGUAUUCCUAGAAUCUUAAUGUUUAAUAAUGAAAGUUGAGAUUUAUGCACAAGCUGUAUAAGGCCUUUUUCUU